AACCACCUGAUUUGAUUCGAGCCGACACCCAUCCAUUCUACUAACGUCGACAUUGGAUACCUACUCAACCUCUCCAUCCUAAACGCACCGAGCUCCAUACUCGCCGUCAUUGACCCCAGAAGAAUCUCCCCUCCUCCAAGUCAAUUCCUCUUAAAGCUAUUCACAAUGUCGGACGACGGUCAGGAGCUUGUUACCAAGCCUUUCAAGUUUGUCACUGCUGGCACUGACGCUCGUUUCCCCAACCAGAACCAGACCAAGCACUGCUGGCAAAACUACGUCGAUUACCACAAGUGCAUUCUCGCCAAGGGUGAGGACUUUGCGCCUUGCCGCCAGUUCUGGCUGUCUUACCGAUCUCUCUGCCCCUCCGGCUGGUAUCAGCGCUGGGACGAGCAGCGCGAGGCCGGAAACUUCCCCGUCAAGCUCGACGCCUAAGCCGACCCCGUAGAUUGGAUGGAUUAGUGGAUGUUGUUAGAAGAGUCAGAGCAGACACACUGCAAUUGUAUCAUUUGUGAUAUUGCUUUCAAAGCUAACCCCAAAUAUUGACUGUUGUGUUUUGAAUGCUGGCUUUCCGCAUUGUGAUGACGUCUCGAGUCUUAAGUGAUAGAUUGUCGAAUGAGAUUAUUGAUAUCAUUUUAGCUAUGUGAGGCUCAUGCAAAAGCGCUGGUAAUCCAAAUUCCCAGAUAAUACUCCAUGGUUCCAUACUCCGUAAUCCAAAAAAUGGCUGUUGCGAUUGGCCAGUAUAAGUCGUAAUGGCGAAUCCCCAAUUUUGAUGAUCAUGAUGACGAGACAUAUCACUUUUCCUCAUCCUCAUCGUCUGAACUCAUAAAUUCAUCGUCCUCAUCGAAUCCAAAGAAUGUCGUAGCUUUGCCCUUGCCCUUAUCGGCCUUGGCUCCUUCGGCGGGGGGCGGCGUUGACUGCUCUGAUGAUGUACCCUUGUCCUCAUCUGAACCGGAUUGGUCGUUGCUUGGUUGUGUAGAGCUUGAAUCGUGAGAUGUGCCAAGCAAGUUGUCUUUGUAGUUACCAGCCUUCAUGGCAGCAAGAACAGCCUCACGAGUUCGCUCACUGCUCUCUUCCUUGUCCUCAACCCACUGGCCGUCAAGACGACUCUUGCUGCCCGACUUAAUUUCAGCCUCCUUCUGCUCUGACAUUUGAACAAUCUGUUCCCAACGCUCACGGCGCUUCUCUUUCUCCUUCUUCUCCAUCUCGGGCUUGAUGGCUAGAUACUCGGCCAAAGCCUUAGCCUCAUUUACAGUACGCAGACGUCGCCCAUCCAGGUUUCGGCUAGAUCCGUGGUCCUCUUGGCUCUUCUUUUUGCGCGAAGACAUGCGACCACCCGCGGCUCGAAGUUGAGAUCCGAAACCACCUUUGCCACCACAAAGGGGGACAGCGAGUCGCAAGGAAAGGAAUUCAUCGUGGGCAGUGGAGAGAUAGCUCGAGAUGGGAGAGUCUGAUGAGGCUGGAAGUUGCUUGUUGGAUAGUGUGGUGAGGAUGAGUCUUGACUGAGUCGUUGGGAGUCGAUCAUCUAUGCGUUCGCGCAGCUCUGUAACUGUUGUCGAUGAUGCUAGAGGAAGAACGAGGGUCGGUGGUAGUCCUAGACCAGCAAAGCUAGUUACCAGCACGUUCACGUUUCGGGGAGACAUGGUAUGGGAUGUAUUCAGUUUGAAGAGAGUGGAGGCCGCCGUGAUGAAUGAUUGAGAAGGCCUGUCGCAAAGAUUCGAGGCCGCUUUGGUUGUUUGUCA